GGACAAGGGAGUCACAUGGUGAAAGUAACUUUACGGGGUCGCCAGCUUGUAGGAGGGCUUUAUGGAGCAGAAAAACGACAAAGCGAGAAAAAUUAUUUUCCACUCCAGAAAUUAAUGAUCAUGAGCUCCUAUUUGAUGGACUCUAACUACAUCGAUCCGAAAUUUCCUCCAUGCGAGGAAUAUUCGCAAAAUAAUUACAUCCCAGACCACAGUCCGGAAUAUUACAGCCGGACAAGGGAGUCCAGCUUUCAGCAUCACCACCAAGAAUUGUACCCACCACCAAGACCAAACUACCCAGAGCGCCAAUACAGCUGUGCCAAUAUUCAAGCUCCCGGCAACCCAGCCGCGCACCAAAGGGGACAUGGGCAAACUCAAGGAGGCCACCACCUCUCAGAGAAACCGCAGCAGCUCUGUGAGCAGACUGCUCUCUCCAGUUCCUCCACCUCUCCUUCCCCAGCCCCUCCAGCCUGCAACCAGCCAAACCCUGAGCAUCUUAACAGCACAGCUUCUAAGCAACCUAUAGUCUAUCCAUGGAUGAAAAAAAUCCACGUCAGUACUGUGAACCCCAAUUACAAUGGAGGCGAGCCCAAACGUUCCAGGACUGCGUAUACAAGACAGCAGGUCUUGGAGUUGGAAAAGGAAUUUCACUAUAACAGGUACCUGACAAGGCGAAGACGCAUCGAAAUAGCCCACUCCUUGUGUCUCUCGGAAAGGCAGAUCAAAAUCUGGUUUCAGAACAGGCGGAUGAAAUGGAAAAAAGACCACAGGCUGCCCAAUACCAAAGUCAGAUCCUCGACUCCAUCUAAUUCAUCGGCGGGCACCAUUGCUGCUGGUAACGCUGCCCCCAGCGAGGAACUAUCACCGGGUACAUCUCAGGAUCAGCGAGCAGAGGAUAUCACAAGGUUAUAAACAAUAUCACACACACACACAAAAUUGACUCUGAUUAUUUAUAGAAUCUAAUAUAUAUAUAUAUAUUUUGGUUCUUUUCUUGUAGUUUUCCUGUGCGUAUAAAAAACAAUGAGGUCUUCUGUAAGACCACAGGCUUUAGAUGCAUGUAACAUAGCAUGAAGCCAGGUGACCGAGUACCUGCAGGUUUUUUUACGCCAUUUCAGGGUUUUAUUUAUUUUUAAGGGGUAAGGAAGGGGGGAGGGAGAGGUCAAUGUUCUGUUAGAUGAAUUUAAUGAACAAAUAAGAAUAAUCAAAAAGAAAGAGAAUGUAGGUAUUUUGCCCUCUGCAUUACAAAUGCACAAUGAUCUACCGAGAAUAAAAUGGAGCAUUGACAUUCUUUUGUAUAAAUGUGAAAAAAGCUAAAAAAAAAAUCACGAUUGAAAAGAAAAAAAAAUCACACAAACCAGAUUGAGCGAGCAAUUGCUUUAAAUUUUGAGAAGCGGGAAAAAAAGAAAAGGGAAGGAUAGUGACAUAUUAAAAAAAAGAGCAAGGUUUAAACAAAGUCAGUAGCUAGUUUUUUUGUCGUGGUUAUUUGUGUUUUUGGACUGAUUUUACAUGAUCAUUGUAAACUUGGAAUAAAGAGUUUUAGUGUGUAUGUGAAAGUCCCAGUGUUCAAUAAACC